AAAUGAGACCCAAAUAGGUAGUUGGGCUCGCGUCGGCAGCGAGAUCGCGAGAAUUACAUAAUGAAAAAGCAAUAUAAGAGGUAGCGGUGCGAUGCGGUAUUUUAGCUAUUGGAUAUAUACACGCAUGUCUCGGUAUUAGAUCAAGUAUAUAAAUUCCCCCUAGAUGAAUCCGGUACGCUAAGGGAACGCCAACAUCAUCAUGCUUCUUCCAUUCAUGAAAUCCCAAGAUGGUGGACCGCCUGAGAUAUAGCCAUGUCCAGCUCGAGCAAUAUUUCGACCGAAUCGCGCUCCCUAAGCAAAAGCGAUUGUUUUCGGUAGCGACAAUCUCAGACGAUGAAAAGCUAAGCUACUUAGCUCUCCUUCAUAAACACCACCUAGUGCGAAUACCGUUUGAGAAUUUAACGCAGCAUUAUUCAUGGCAUAGAACUGUCAAUGUUCGGCCUCAGCACUUAUUCAACAAGAUUGUACCCCCGCCUAGUCGUCGUGGCGGUUAUUGCAUGGAGGUGAACUCCUUGUUGCACACCGUCCUUCUAAGCCUUGGGUUCCAAGUCUAUAUGGCCGGCGCCCGUAUUUAUAAAAAAGAUAUCGACAAGUAUGGCGGCUUCUCGCAUUGCGUGAAUAUUAUCAUCAUUGGUAACGAUCGGUACAUGGUGGAUGUCGGUUUCGGCGCCAACGGACCUACGGCUCCAGCACCCCUGCACCACGAUGAGCCGCGCGUGCACAUCGAAGGCACAGGUGCGCUGAUGCGAUUUGUGCACGAGCCCAUCCCGCAACAAGUCGACCAGGGGCAGAAAGUGUGGAUCUACCAGAACCAGAUCAACAGCGACGCGGAGUGGGUGCCCAUGUACUGCUUCGUGGACAUCGAGUUCCUGCUCGAGGACAUCCGCGGGCUGAACCUGAUCCCGUGGAAGAGCCCGAGCUCAUGGUUUACCCAGAAAGUCGUCCUCUUGCGGUUCACGACCGACGCCGAAGGAGAUGCCGAGGCGCCCGCGUUUAUGAGUGAUAAAGCGGUUGCGGAGGGUAAGAUCGACGGCGCGUUGAUUCUGUUCCAGGAUACGCUGAAAUGGCGCCGUGAGGGGCAGACGGUGCAGAUAGCGAAAUUUGAGACGGAGGAGCAGAGGCUGGAUGCUAUAAAGAAGUACUUUGGUAUUGAGUUCGACGAGGAGGAUCGGGAAGCUAUUCGUGGCACUACGACUGAACUCAGGGAAACUCCUUUCGCCAUUUAGAGUCCAGCCGGGGGGACUUGCUGACAGUAACGACAUCCCCCUUUAUACAUAUAUACAUAGACGGCUUUUACAACGAUGCACUGGCAUAUUCGAACUAAUUUCGUGU